UCCGCUGUGACCACAAACCGACCCGGAUGAUGAUGAUGAAGGUUUCCUGAAGCACUUCCUGCCGUAGGACUCCGACGCCGAUAACUGGACGUUCGGCAAAUGCAUCAGGAGAACAGAGGUUGUGUGCAGACGACACACGGACCAACACCGACUGAAGACUAAUGGGCUGACGAACCAACACAGAAACAAUCCUUGGACACGUGUAGACUGACACCAUGGAUGAAGCAGCUUGGUGGUUUCCUCACGCCUCCUGGGGAGCUCUGCAGUAGGAUGCAUGUCUGUGUUUCCAUCUGGAUGCUCCCACAGAUGACUUCCCACCUCUGUUUACUAAUCCUGUCCAGUUUGGCAGUCUCAUCCCACCUGGGUUUGGAGGAUGUGUUCUUCAGUCCCCAGGACCAGACUGUCAAAGAUGGAGAGAGCGUUUUCUUCCAGUGUGUGUCGGGAGAAAGCUCUCCUCCUGCGAGCAUCACCUGGCUCCAAGAUGGGAAGGUGGUCACAAGAGGUAGACAGAUUCAGGGUGAGUUUGGAGGUGGGAACCAGAGGAAGACAUCAGGCACUCUGCAUCUUUUCAACGUGACAUUUGAGGACGACGGGAUGUACAUUUGUGUCACACACAAUUCUUUACUGAACAUCAGCAAGAAGAGCAAGCCAGCUAAACUAACCGUGCAGGGGGUCCCUCGAAGCCUGCAGAUCACACAGGGCCCUGACAACAUCACUGUCGCCAUGGGAACCAAGGUCUCCAUGCACUGCGCUGUCCGUGGCUUCCCUGUUCCCAUGGUGCACUGGUUCAAAGACGACGGCGUCCUGACCAACUGCUCUGCCUCGUUCAGCCUCCAGAACAAUGGACAGCUGCUCACAUUCAGGAAUGUGACCAAGGAGGACGAGGGCUUCUAUCACUGCGAAGCAUCCAACCAGAAAGAGACAGUCAAGUCGCAGCCAGCCUUCCUACUUCCAGCUGAGAUGGACUGGAGUUUCAUCCAGCAGCCCACAAACCUGACGGUCAAGAGAGGAGAGAACGUAACAUUCACCUGCCGGCCUCCGUACAGCCGACCCACAGCUCAGGUGUCCUGGUUCAAAAACAACAAACUUCUUACCCCGACAGCUCAUAUAAAUGUCCUGCCCAGCGGAGACCUCUUCUUCCACAGUGUGCAGGAGUUCGACAGUGGAAACUACUUCUGCAGGGCCUCCAACAUCCACCUUCAAAGAUUUCUCACGUCUAGAAGAGCAGCUCUGAGUGUGCUAGCCCCUCCAUCAGUCAAACUGUGGCCUCAGGUGGUGACUGUGCCAGUGGGUGCCCGGGUGGUGCUGGAGUGUCAGGUGUCAGGUCACCCUUUACCCUCCAUCAGAUGGGUCAAGAGAGGUCAAUCAAAGCAGACUGGAGGCAAGAUCAUUUUGGGAUUGAGAAAUGCCACCCUCUUCAUCCAGUCCGCCCGGAACUACGAUGAGGGCGAGUAUGUGUGCGAGGCCUCCAACACGCUGGGCCAAAGCCGCGGCACAGCCAUGCUGAGAGUUGCUGUGAGCCCCAUCAUAGUGACCUCUGCAGGUCAAGUGAGCUGCAGGAUUGGGGCUUCUGCAGUCCUGCCCUGCGGGGCUAUAGGGAUUCUGCCCAUCACAUAUACCUGGACCCGGGGUAGAGCAGGGACAAACUCCCUCAUCAGUCCAACUGAGGACAGGCACAUUGAUGAAGCUGGAGCUCUGCAUAUCUCCAGAGUGCAGUGGUCUGACGCAGGGGAAUACUACUGUACUGCUGAGAACCGAGCUGGACGACAUCAGAGACGCACAAUACUCACUGUCACAGAGCACCAACACUAGCAAAGAGCUGCCAAUUUCCCCUUCGAGUGUGGCUGAGCAACAUGCCAAGAUAACACAUCCUCCACAUGUACAAGCGCAGCAUA